AUGAGCUCUGAUGUGGCUCAGGAAGUUUUUUUCCUCUCCCAGGCUGGAAUAGGUAUCAUGGGGAACUCCCUUCUCACCAUGUUCUACCUCUCCUCGUUUCUCCUGGGUUCCAAACCAAAGCCCACAGACUUGGUCAUUAUUCACGUAGCUCUGGUCCACAUCAUGAUGCUUCUUACCAGGUGGAUCACCAAAACAGCAGGAAUAUUGGGGCUGCGGCUUUUACAGACCAAUGCUGAAUGUAAGUCAUUUGCCUAUGUCUACCGCAUCACCCGGGGCCUCUCCCUCUGCACCACUUCCCUCCUGAGCAUGAUCCAGGCCAUCACCAUCAGUCCUACCACCUCCUAUAUUUUCCAGCUCAGGGUUCAAAUCCCAAACGUCAUCCUCCCAGUCUUAACCAGCUUGUGGAUUCUGAACCUGCUAAUGAGCACCCCACUUCUGUUCCAAGUGGUUGCUUCACAUAAUUCAACCACCACUGAGGGCAACUGUUAUGCUAUGCCCUUAAACACACUCCUCCAAGGGUUGGUUCUCACCCUAAUGGCUCUCCGUGAUAUCCUCUCUCUGGGAACCAUGAGCUGCUGCAGUGGCUACAUGGUCCUUCUCCUGCAUCGACACAGGCACCAGGUCCAGCAUCUCCACAGCCCCAGCCAACCCCCCAAAACAUCGCCAGAGCGACGAGCCACCCAGACCAUUGUGCUGCUUGUGAGCUGCUUUAUAGUCUUCUACUGUGGAGACUUUUUCCUUUCUCUGUUUCUUGGGUCAUCCAUGAAGAACAAUGACACCGUCUUAAAUGCUAACAUGUUUGUAGUCAGUGGAUAUGCCACUGUCAGCCCCUUUGUCUUGCUCAGCUGUGACACAAGAGUCAUCACGUUCCUAGGUGAUUAUAUGGGAAAUAAGUCCCAAAAGUCUUCUCAGACCAUGCGCCUAUCUGCAAACCCUCUUUGA